CUAGCGAUAACAUCCUCCAUGUUGCUUUGCUUUAUGCCAAUGCAUGCUCGAGAUAGGAAAAACCACACAACAACAAAACGCGGAAUUGAUUGAAUAUUUUUGUUUCACUGACGAUUACAGUUGAAAAAUUCAUCGAUAUACUACAAAUUGACCAGCUGCUGAUUCUAUAAAAUAUUUUCACCCAUUUAAGCUGAAAGAAACCAGUCGGAAGAUUUUUUGAGGUAAUAACAUCCAUUUUGGUGAACAAAUUGACCCAGCCACUCGCUACUCAGAAGUCAACAUUGAGCUGUAAAAGUGGAUCAUCAAUGCUGAAGGCAGCAGGCAUAUAUUCUAUCUUCACUCUGACAAGAAGUGGAAAAGAAAAGAUGGCUGCAUAAUUAGAGCUCAACUCAACGCAAGCCAUACGUUAACCAGCAAAGUAUUCCAUACCAUCCCAUUAUUUUUCAAAAAGUGCUAGCAGAAAGAGAUAUGGAAGAAAAUAUAUAGGCUUUUCCUUGCUCUCUAGAAGAUCGAGCAAUAAUAAUCUUUAUUUAGUCAAGUUUCUAAAGUUGAUAUUGCACAACAGCUUGCAGAAGAUGAAUUGACAGUGGUCUUAGACAAAUCAGAAUAGUCGUUGUUGGAUAGAAUCAAGAAAUAUCACCAAAUUGUAUAGAUUAAAUACAGGAUGCUAAAGUUGUGAAGUCGCAAGCCGACAGAUAUGAAAUGCUCAUAAACGAAAUAGAUAGUUAUCUUAAAAGUGUAGUAACCCUUCAGCGAUUCGAUGUGAGCUGACGCCAAUCCCAACAUCAUUCUGCUUUCAGUCAACUGUAUUUUUGCGAGAAAAAUCCCUCGUCUUCCAUUUUUUCUACAAACUGAUCCUUGAUCCGGACAUUAAGAUGGGGAGGUAACCAAAAUAAAAGUUAGUUACAUUGUGUAGCUGGACGUGUUUCCAGACUAUUUCCUUCUCCAGUGUGAGCGAGAAAGAAAUUGCUUGUGCCUGAUAGACUGAUCAUUAGCUGAGAAGCCAAAGGUGAUAACUGGUUUUUCCUGCGCUGUUCUGCUGAUUCGUUCUCAGGCCAGGAGGACCAGUAUGGUAUGCCAGUGGCUACCAUGGCCAACCCUCCUGAGCAUGACUUUGCUCCAUCUUGGCUCAAGAUCCCCAAUGACAACCAGCUUAUAGCGAAACCUCAUUCAGACCACCACAGAGCAGGCUCUAAGUACCCCUCCCCACACCCUGAUGGGGGUCGGCAGCGUAGCAGACACCCCUCUAACGAGUCCUUCCCAGGCUUCCCUCCUAACCACACCCAGCAACCCAACAUCCAUGGAUACCGGAGCCGAGAUGAGAAAAGAUUCCGACCAGGACCCCGCUACCACUCACUAGAAGACCCCCUGCGUCACUCAGAGCUUCCCAGCGCUUAUGCACCCCUCAACCAGAACAAUGGCUUCCUUCCCCCACCCCCUUCCAUGGGCUACUUUCCCUCUUCUCUGGACUAUAGUUUCAACCCCAAGCGUGGCGGACCUCCGCCCCUCCACCACAACCUCAACCGGCUCGACCCUCACGGCUACCACCAUGGAGGCAGGAGCUACGGUGGUGGUGAUGGGGGGCGUGGUCGGUACGGAGGAGGAGGCAGUAGGCAUGGGCGUGGCGGAGGCGUGAACGGCAAGGCUGGUCCUGAGAACGGGGAAUCUAAUGGUGUGGAGAAUGGAGGGGGAGGAGGAGUUAGGAAAGGUGAUGCAGCCAGUGCCAAAGGAGAUGAAGGGAAAACAAAUGGAGACAAAAGUGCCUUAUCUAGUCAUGACUUUCCCUCAUUAUCUGGCGAAGCUAACCGUGAAGUCAAAAAGGAAUCCUCAAAACCUGCUGGAGCAUGGGAGAAACGGCCGGGUACCUCCAACAUCAGCAUAGGCGGCAAGAAACUGCAACUUGUUCAGAAAUCAAUAACAGUCAGCGACUUACCAACUACCAAUGGCUCCCAGCCCACAGCAGGCAAGAUGUCGCCCUCUGGUGUCAACGGUGUAAGCAACCUGACGUCGGGUAGCAAGGUGGGCGGGAUGCAGCAGGCGGUGCAGAACAAGGGAGCCAAGACAGGGCGUGGGGCAGUGCCCCUCUCCUCGGUCAGCUCCGGUGUCUACAAGUCGCUCGUCCCCAAGUCCUCUGCUCCUACAAAGGCCACCACACCAAGGAAAGCCAUUGCGAAGGAAGUGGUUAUCCGCCCAGCUCCUGUCAUCAGUAAUAAAGACAAGUCAGCACUUCCUCUCACAUCAUCAUCCUCAUCAUCACCAUCACCGUCAUCAUCAAUGUCCUCCUCCACCUCCUCCUCUUCAUCUACAUCAUCGUCGACGUCUCUGCCAUCGCCGUCGGGAAACGCAGCUUCAUCACAACCUUCCUCCAACCCUCCAGUGAAAGAGCAGGGCUCUCCGCGCUCCACCUCUGCCAUAGACAUUCCCACCCCUCGCAUGGUGACUGUGUCAAAGGUCAAGCGGACGGACAAGGUUGACUUCCUGAAGGAGCUGCGUCGCACCGGGAGCGUGGACUCUCCAAGGUUACCGCUCAGUAGCGAGCCUCUGGUCAAUGGCAUUGACCACUACACAAACAACCACAAUGACCAAUCUGGUCACUAUCACAACUACAAUAGGUCUUCCACCAAGCAGUACGAAAAGACAAAUGCUACCACGAUUUACCAGCAACCAGACCCCUUUGAAGAUUUAGACAUAGUCGAGCCUAGACAAGAUACUAUAAUCAACAACCAACUACCCAUCAGCAAGUGCAAUGGCCAUUACGACAAUGAAGGCCAGAAUGACAAGGACGUCGAUGACAACCUUGACUUGGUCACCAACAAUGGCCGUAUGGACAUGCCCCUCAACGAGCAGAACCUCCUGGACUGUCAACCGAUGGAGCUUUCCAGUAGUUUAGAAGCAGAGAAAAGGUUACUGCAAGAGAUGGGUUGGCAUGAGCACAGUGACAAUGAAGAAGGAUACGCACCGAUCACUGAAGACGAACUCAAGGAGUUCAAGAUCAGGUCACAACAGAUGGGUAAGAAUGGUUUCAGUCGUCCCGCUCAGCCCAUCAUCCUCAACCUCAUCCCUCAUCCUGUCAUGAACGCCAUGACGACCAUGGCGAUCGAAGACGCAGAGCUCAGCUCCUCCUCCGAUGAGUCCUCGGAUGAUGAUGACUUAUAGUAGCGGCUGGCCUCUCCUUCAGUAUGAACCGAUCGGUGGUCUUUCUUACGUAAUGGAACAGAACAUUUUGCUCUUCAUCGUCGACGAAUCAGUGCUUCUCUCUGAUGCAAAUCCUUGCAAUACAUCCACGAUAAAUAACUCUGUGCCUCAUGAAUGCAACAGUAUUUUGUGUUCAUACAGUUUGUUCGGUGUGUUUGUUUCAUCUUCUGGAAAUCAAUGUUUGGAAUAUUGAUAGGACAGGAGCUGUGCACCUUUUUCAUUACUAACAAGGAGGUCAGAAAGUGACAGUGGUUCAAAAACAAUUGAGUACUGAAAGAUCAUAUCUCAAUUGGUCUUGUUCGUUUUUUAUGAGUGAAUUCCACUUCAUGAUAACCACUUUCAGCAGCAGUGGAAAAUAUGUUUACAAGUUGAUAAAUGAAAAGAAUGUUUUGCACACAUGCUCACCUUAAUAAAUGCCCACGAAAUGCUACCAAUUUAUUUCCCAUGAAGGGGUUCUUUCAGUUACAAGUUGGGCAAUAUAAUUGUAAAACGGACCAGGUAUGUUUGAUGGUAUUUUGUUAAGGAAAAGAAUAAUAGUGACAAUAAUUUGCCUUUUUGUAAACAUUGGCUCUAAAUACAAGCUUUACAGAGUUGUUUAUUUUCAUUAGUGUCAGGUGACUUAUGAACAUGUCAUGUGACUUGGAUGGUAACUUAUCCUUUCUUGGGCAUACAGACUGAUACUCUCACCUGCUAUCAAAUAUUAUCUUUUUGUUUACCAUUCAAAAUAUCAAGAUGUAGCUUGUUAUUUAACACAGUCUGCCAAAGGUCACGGCCCCAGUACACCGUUCACUUUGCUUACAAAUGAAGAAAAGCACAACGAUAGUAAAAAGUAAACAAAUAUAAAAAAGGCUUCACUUAAUUUGUAUCUCUCACACACAGAUGCUUUUAUUGUGAGAUAAACACAAUCUGCUAAAGUGUACUUUCUGCAGAUAACAAUAUGGAAACAGAUUGUAUUUUCUAGUUUUGUAACAUAUUCUUCCCCAAGUGCUUACUUUUAAUGUUUGACAAACAUUGUCAUCAUUUAACUAUGUUUAUAUGAAGAAAAGGAAAAAGAAAAGAUGAAGGGAGCAGAGAAAAGACAAAGGGAGUGAAAGGAAUCAUGUUGUAUCUUCCAAGAAAAAAAUCUAUAUAUAUAUCAUACUUGUACUUCCAAUCAUACGGUGUGUCUUUUUUGUACUGAAACAAAAGUUUUUAUUGCAAUUUUUAAAAUGAACCAUUUUUCUACAUCAAUCUGAUUUCUUACUGAUCUCUUCGUUCAAUUUCUGCGUGUUUUCAUUCAUGGAUCAUACGUCUGAUUUUUCACUGAUCUGUUUGUUGAAUCUCUCAUUGUUUGCAUACAUUAGUCAUUUUAUUCAGUGUUUUUCAUAUUAUGCCAACAAGUUUUCCAGAUCAAAUAGCAUUUUGUCUGCAAUAAUACUGUAAAACUGGAAACGUUUGCGAGCUCGAGAUGUUCACGAAUUUCAACCACAACUAACACAAUGCUAAUUUUGUUGGCGAUUCACAAUAGUUUCUGCUGUAGAAAUCUCUCAUCGUUUACAAUUUGUGACAGUUUCCGGUGUUAAAGUAAUAUAGGGUAUUUUAUCUGUUUGUUAGUGCUUGUAAAAAUGCACUUUGAAGUAGAACGCUUAUAGCUUGUUUUGCUUACUGAUAUCAAGCUUUGUUUACAAUUUUGAGCAAAAAGUUCACCCCCCACCCCCACCCCCAGAAAAAGUACAAUUCUCUGUGAGGGCUAUUUCAGUAGAUUGAGUAUCUUCUCCCAAAACUGUCGGAUGAGUCGCCGCUUACAUCCUGUUGAAACGCAUGUUAUGAAAUUAAUAAGUGUUUGCACUUUCAACAAGAUGGCGGUGAAGUUGAGACGGCCGUCUGGGGUCAGAUUGCUGAGAGCUCCUGCAUUUUCAGUUGAAGACUGGUAUCUUCUAAUUAGGAGGGGAUAUUACUAAUAAAAGCAUUUUAUGAAUGAGAUAAGUGUUUAUUAUCUUUUUAUUUAAUUCAAGAAAAGGGCAGUUUAUGGUUUAAAACAAAAUCCGACCCAUGCUAGAAAUAUAUUAGUUUAGAUUAGAUCACUUUAUUGCUAUCCCAAAUUCAGAGUCAAAACAAAUUAACUGAUUUAACAGGAUCAAGUCGCACCUUUAAUUAUGCCCUGAUCUCUUUAUAAAUUGGAAUCGAUUGAUAUUGCAUAUUGCCUGUGUGAUAAAACUAAUGCACCUUGAUAAUAAAUUGAACACAGGCAAUUUACAGUUUCACAUCAAGAGCAAUUUGUUUUCUUUUCAUGUAAAAUAUUUGUGUGUGGAAAUACCUUGUUGCCAGCUUACACAAAACGAUUGAAGUGUCUUUCCAAAGAGUUUACGCUUCUUACAGGAGACACAAGAUGGACGAGAAUAAAGGAAAAUGUGUAAAUCCAUGAGACAAAUAGGAAGAGCAGAAUAGGUUACACCGAAUUAUGAUGAUUUUAGAGGAGAACUGACCGCCUAGAUUGUUAUCUGAAGCAACGUUGAGAGGACUAUCUAUGUUGGUAUAAAUUUAUUUUUUUGUUGAUGGAUUUUAUUCUUAUUGUGUCUUACCAGUGAUUCUAUCCAGAUGUGCUUUAUUGUAAAGUAAUAAUUGUCUUUGGUUUUGUCGGAUGAGGAAGUACUGAUCUUGCAGAUCCAAUUAACAUUGAGGUACUCAUGGAUGGACAUUAAACCGGGAGGAAUUUAUGGAGCCUUAUAAACUAAAUGAAAUGGUCAAGCUGACCUACGACAUAUGAUUUAUUUUCCAGAAACAUGUGUAUAUUUUUUCUUUUCAAAUGCUAUUGUGUAGAGUUUAUCCGGGAAAAUGUGAGAUUUUGGGGGUGUUUUUUCCUUUUUCUGCUGGACUUACUUGCUUCAUUUUUUAUUGUCAAAAAACUAUUUUCAUUGUCACCUCAUUUUGUUAUGAUAGAUCUGUUGUUGUUGAUACAAUUAUAGAGUGAUUCCAGUAGACACUGAGGUUGUGUGUUGGACACAGAAAGGACUAACUGUUCAAAGAUUCAAAAGCCCUUCUUGUACUCAUGCUAACGACUUCUAACAACGUUUAUUUACGCUCAUCAUUAAGCAAGUCUUCUUGUAACCAGCAAUACCUUUUUUUUGUCAGCAAGUCUUGGACAAAGCUCUCUCCUUAUUUGCAUCAAAUCAUCACUUUCAGUUUAGUGUUGUAUUUGACAUUUUGUUUACUUUAUACGAUAACAACAACAACAACAGAAGAUUAGCAAUCGAAGAUCUAAGACCAUUGACCACAUUCAGAGUUAUACUUACAUUCAAAUGGUUGGUGUUUUGAUCUAGAAGUAUUGCCAAGUUAUGAUGUAUUUAACGAAAAAGACCUUUGAGAGGAAAAUAAUGAAUGCUUUCACCAUUUAAACUUUGUUCAGUUCAAAGCUAUUUGUUUUGUUCCUUUUUCUGUUUAAGGCAUUGUUUUCAUUUGCUAUCUUUUUUGUGUGUCUUCUUGUUCUAUUUUUAUUGUAACAAAAUAUUGAGUUUAUUUUAGGCAACAAUCCAGUUUGCCUCGUUUGUAUACAAACAUUACAGGAGUGUUUAUUUGAUGUUAAGUUGCGAUAAACAACAUGUUUUCUCAACUUAACAAAUUCUCCAAGAGUUCUCUACAUGAUCUUGCUGGGAAUUGUAUGGAGGUUGAACAACUGUAUUUUUGAUGAUGCAAGUAAAAGAAAGACAUCAAUUGUUAUGUUCUUCAAAUGAAUGAAAAUUCUUGACAUGGUAGGAAUGCCUGUGUAGUUUCAAAUAUUAUUUGUGUAAACUAUGUGUGAGGAUUUUAAAGAAAGAUCAUUUAUGUUCUGUGUCCAAGAUAAAAACCAGGGCACAGACUUCAGUCAAACUUUUAUCUCUGAACAAAAUAAAUGAGGCAUAAGAAAUGUUGCUGUUUUAUACAGAUGAAAGAGUCUAAGAGAAAAAUAUGAGUGGAAAAUACACAAAGAUGAAUAUUAUUGAGAGAAUAACUUGAUGACACAUUAUGCAUCUGCACAAUGUAAUGAUUCUCUGCUGUUUAUGAUGAAAAGUGUCUCAAUAAAUGAAAAGAAAGUUUGUUAAAUCUUGA